AGUCCACUCCUUCCCAUCUAGAUCAUCAGGUCGUAGGGCCUUAUAACCUCAGCCAUCCCUCUCGGGAUUGUAAUCAUCCUCUCCUCUACAACAUCCUCCUAUCCAUACAUCUACCCAUCCAGUCACUCAUCCCCACACAUCCAGUCAUUCGGUUACUCAGACAACUCCUGCUUAGCCAUACCUAUACCCACACGGACAUAUACUUCUCGAUCAAGUCAAUCCUUUCGAUCGACAAGCAUCAUGCCUAGCCUUGCGACUUCGAUCGUCUCCGGUGUUGCCGUCCUCAUGGUCAUCGGAGGAGUUGCUGCGAGUGCCGUUCCUCCUCAUACUCAAACACGAAACCUCACAGUGGCCUACCCCGGCGUGCAUCUUGACAGUGAGAGCUAUCGCUCCCUGCCUAUUCUGGAUCGAGGAGAUGCGGAUGGCUUCGUGGAUGCCACCGACGACGAGCUAGACUCGUCCGCGGACAGCGAUGCCGCCAUCGAUACCUGCUACAACAGAUCCCAAUGCGAAGUCGGAUACACAUGCCUCAACAGUCGUUGCACUCUGAGCUGCAUUACCGACAGUGACUGCUCCCGUCUGCAUACAUGUGCCAAUGGGACAUGCAUGGAUCCUCGUGGCGGAGCAUGCCUUUCGAACAGAAACCGCUGCACUCAUGACUAUCAGUGCUGCUCCGGCCGAUGCGACCGAUUUGCCUCUGUGUUCGGCAGCAAGAAGUGCAGAAGCUCCAUCAAAAUCUUCCCCUGAGCGGAUCAGCCUGUGGAUCGGACGGGGUGGUGUCCUGUCAUUUGGCAGUGCUCGUUUUUGUUGAUCCUGGAUCCUUAUUCAUUCUGUUAUUGAUAUGUGCCUGUGGCGGGG